ACCUACACGUCGUAUCAAUCCCCGCAGUCUGGUUUUGUCCUUGGCCGGCCUAGAUCAAUUGUACAUAAUUUUUGUAAAUCUAAAUGUUUCUGUGUGUGUUGAGGCUAUGUAUAAAAAUGUAUUAUUGACAAUGGCAAGUGCAGGAAGACAUGUUUGACGAUUUGACGACUGAAGAUUUGAAAAUAGGGUUUUAACCCCGAAACUAUAGUCAUCACGACAAGUAUAAGAUUGAUUGACGAUAGGAAGAAUGAUUGCAUAACCAAACAAAGAUUAGGAGGAGAGCUUUUUUAUCGAGUUUCCUGUUCAGAAACUUCAUUAUGUGCUCAAAUUACUGGCAUGCUCCUGGAGCUAGAUGUCUUUACAAUAUGUGAGCUGCUACAAGAUGCAAAUAAAUUGGAAAGUGCUGUGCUAAAAGCUAAAGAAGAGUUUUUGAAAUACAAACAGAAAUCAAGUAAGGAUUUAAUUGGUGAAGAACUGUACGAGAUAGUGCUACAGCAUUAUCCCAACCCUGAUCUGGCGGCUCGGUUGACGGGAAUGUUGCUGGAGCUUGACUUGUCGGUUCUUCAAACAUUACUUGACAACCGUUCAGAGUUAAGCACAAGACUGGCUGUUGCAUUUGAGGCUACUAAGACUAUCAAGGACAAUAAUUAGAGCAUAGAAGAUGGCAAGUGAGGAACACCAGCAGUUAGCAGCUUAUAUCAAGAGUGUGCAUUUGAAUCUACGACUCAAGUGUAGGUCAGUAGGUGCAGACGAGGCUUGGCACCAACACUGUCAGAAUACAACCAUGCUAGAGAAAUAUGCAAACAACAUGCGCCUACUAGCUACUGAAUUUUGGGAAAAGAACAAUUACAAAGAUAAGGACCUGUGCAGAAUACAAUGGGUGGUUGAUCAGUGUGUUGAAUAUUUCUACUCAACUGGCCAAGAAAAAGCAUCUGUCAAAGAGGAAAAAAUGUACAAGCAAUAUUUUGGCACCAAUUUAGAGCCAAAGAUAAUGAAACCGGAACCAGUUUUAAAAUUAUUGGAUGUUGGAAGUUGUUAUAACCCAUUUGCCAAGUUUCCUAUGUUUAAAGUGACAGCUGUAGAUUUAAUGCCUGCUACUGAAGAUGUAGUGAAAUGUGAUUUCUUAUCAGUAGCAACAUGUGAUGAAGUAACAGCAGUGGAAAAUCCGUCUUCAGUUUUACCAAAAGUAUAUUAUGAUAUUGUUGUGUUCUCCUUGCUUUUAGAGUACUUUCCCAGUUCCAAACAGAGAUUCAAGUGUUGUGAAAAAGCAUUUGAGGUAUUGAAGACAAGUGGACUGCUUUUCAUUCUUACUCCAGACUCUAAACAUGCCACUGCAAAUUCCAAAGUUAUGAAAAGUUGGAGACUUGCCUUGUCAUCCCUUGGAUUUUGGCGGGUCAACUAUCAGAAAUUAAAGCACCUUCAUUGUAUGGCUUAUCGGAAAUGUUCAAAUUCUGAAGUUACUCGAUGUUGGUUAAGUAAACAGAACUGUGGCGCUAAACCAGAGGAUUUAUUUUACAUCCCUCAGGAUUUUAAUGAAUAUUUUGGUAAUUCUGAUCAAGAGACAAGCCAUGAAAGAUCCAAGGACGAUAAUGAAGUUUUAGCAAAUAACUUUACUUCUUUGCCAGAUUUUGAUAUUUUUACAUAAGGUUCGCUACUAUUUGUUUGGAUAACAAUGUCUUGUUUGUAAGGGAAUACAGUGGAAUAAAAUACUUUUUUUAUUU